AUGAUCAACUCUAAACCCCUUUCUUCACGAACCCAAACUCACUUUCAUUGCCCCUCAAAUUCAUACAAAACUUCAUUCAUCACAUCUUCAUCGCAUAUUUCCUUCAGUUUCAGAAAUACCCAUCUCAAAAACCCCGUAAUAUCAAUCAGGACUACCCGUAACUCACCACCCAAAUCCGCCGCCACCAACCAGUUGUACACACCGUCGCCCGAGGAAACCUUGUAUGACUUGCUGGGCAUACCAGAGAGCGGGACACUCUCCGAAAUCAAACGAGCGUACAAGCAAAUGGUGUUGAAGUACCACCCGGACGUAUCGCCGCCGGAUCGGGCCGACGAGAAUACGAUGAGGUUUAUUAAGGUCCAGGAAGCGUACGAGACGUUAUCCGACCCGGAUGCUCGAGCUAUGUAUGAUAAUAGCAUGGCGAAGGGAUUGCCCUCGGCUUUCUCCGGGAAGAAAGGGUCCCGGUUUGAGGUGAGACCGGAGGAGAAAACACGGUGGAAACAGUCGUGGCAGGUGCAGGUGGUGGAGCUGAAACGGAGGAGGACGGUGGAUCAGGGAGGGAGGAAGUCGUGGGCAUCCCGGAUCCGAAAGCAACGGAGUGAAACAUGGGCCCAUGGGGCGGACCCGGGUCAAUAA